AAUCGCAGGUUUGAAAACCUCGUGGAAAUUAUGUGGUAAUGUACAGCGCAAAUUAAGAGAUAUAUAUAUAUAUAUAUACAGACAAUUAGACAUACAUAGAGAGAGAGAGAGAGAGAGAGAGAGAGAGAGUUCUUAUUUGGGUUUUUGUAAUUGUGUUCAUUAAUGUAGUUGUUGGUGUUUAAGAGGUGUGAAGAGAGAUUGGCGUCGGUGUCUGCGACAGCGGAAUAAAGAUUGAUUGAUGAGUUCAGCUUGGUUAUUUUCAACACAUUCAGUUUGCAGCGAUGCAGCUGGAGUUGCCGGUAACAUCCUUGCUUUUGUGUUAUUUCUGUCACCAAUACCAACAUUUAGGAGAAUCAUCAAAAACCAGUCGACGGAAGAGUUCUCGGGAUUGCCCUACAUAUAUGCUCUUUUGAACUGCUUGAUAUGCCUUUGGUAUGGCAUGCCCCUCGUGUCGCCUGGGAUCAUAUUGGUUGCUACUGUCAACUCAAUUGGGGCAGUUUUCCAGUUAAUCUACAUAAGCAUCUUCAUUGCAUUUGCGGAGAAGGCAAAAAAGGUGAAGAUGUCGGGCUUGUUGGCAGUGGUUUUCGGAUUAUUUGCAGCCAUAGUAGUUGUGAGCAUGAGACUGCUCGACCCUCACAUGCGGCAAAUAUUUGUUGGGUAUUUGAGCAUGGCUUCCCUCGUGUCAAUGUUUGCUUCUCCUCUAUUUGUAAUUAAUCUGGUGAUCCGAACCAAGAGUGUUGAAUACAUGCCAUUUUACCUUUCCUUAUCAACCUUCUUGAUGAGCCUCUCCUUCUUUGCAUAUGGGAUGCUGAAGUAUGAUCCUUUCAUUUAUGUCCCAAAUGGAAUAGGAACCAUUCUUGGAGCUGUACAGUUGGCAUUGUACACAUAUUUUAACAGUAUUUCAGGAGACGACUCCAGAGAACCAUUGAUAGCGACUCUUGCAUGAAUAUCUAUUGCAUUAUUUGGUAAACUAAACCUAUCAGUGCUAUUAUUUAUUUAGUUUUUUAUGUACUUGAGUUGCCAAUUAUCAAUUCGGAAAAGGAUAUUGAGUGGAGGUUGUUUGUCUUGGUGUUUAAAUACCUAAUUGUUAAGUUCUUUUUUUAUGUAUUUUA